ACAAAGUUUUCCAAUUACGAAUAUAAAACAACCAUGUGGAGAAAUAUUGUUGACAAGCCAUAUCAUCUUAUAUGGUAAUAGUCCAUCUGUAGGUCAUUAUAUUUACUAGCAUAUGCAUAUUCUUAUGUAAGACCAUAUGCGUAUAUUUAGGGUCAUAAAUAUGCUCUUACGGAAACUGGUUUGCUAUGUGUAUGAAAGGAAGGCAGUAGCAUAUAAAUAUACAAAAGUAAAUGAAAAGGCAUAGUACUUCCUUGCCAUUCAUUGUGCUACUACCACAAGACGUCUCGUUUUUGGCGCGAGUUCACAUUUUUUUUUGUAACAAAAAUUGAAAGUUAUACAAUUGAUAGGGAAUAAACAAGGACUCUCGGUUUGUUGUUACCAGGUUGAAGAUGGGGAUUCAAAGGGAGUACGAGUUGAUUUAACCGUCAAGAUAGUAAAUAGAUACUGACAAGAAUAUGUCUAAUUCUAAUACUAUGGAAAUACUUGCUUUGUUCUUUGGCUCCCACAUUCCGUGAUACCCUUCGACACAUAUGCCUAAAGCAUGCAUGCAAUAGAACCUCUGAUUUUGCUUUUCGUAAAACGUUUCAACAACAUCGAUCCUUUAUAUCAGCGUCAAAAAUGGAAAUGAAUUUUAUUUGUUUGCUACAACUAAAAUAAGCUGAAAUUUUUCUAUUCGAAAAUCAAUGGUGAUUUUCAAUCUUCAACACGACGUUUACUUGAAUGCAUCACUAGCUAAUCUAAAUGGCAUCAUGACUUGGCAAAAAAUGAUUAAACAUGAAGGAAUUCGACAAGGCGAGAUAGAAAGCCACAUAGACUCAUGUAUUCGCUGACAAGAGACUCCGCGGAGGGUGCUCCGCGGAGCCUGUGUCAAGGUACGAAAAUUUCUGUAUUAAAAAGACGGCUGCUUUACUCAUAGGAAUAGACUAUAGCUUUUAUACUCGUUUGUGCAUAGCAAAUUCUUCACUGCUUGAUUUCUUUUUAGCAGCGACUGUAUCAUAUUGACAGUUAAUGAGUUUAAGUGUUGACUGCAUCAACAAGAGGACUGUUGUAAUAUACACUUGAAUCAGAUCUGGGUUUGAUUCUUUCAAUGCAAAAAGAAGCUUCCUCUUUUAGCUCAAACGAGUCCGAUUACCAUGAACGCUCUAUUCCCGAAUUAAAAACAUGGGAUGAAUAUAACCCAAAACAAUGGCCGUUAAAGCUCAAAAUUAGAAACGUAAUUGUUAUUUCAACUAUGAGUUUCUUAAAUCAGUAUGGUGCCAAUGUUUUUGCCCCUAGUAUCCCUACAAUUUCAAAAGAGUUUCACUCUUCAAGAACUGUUGUCACACUAGGUACAACCCUUUACUCCCUUGGUGUCUUGUUUGGGAUAUUGAUUUUUGCUCCUCUUAGUGAACAGUUUGGUAGAAGACCGAUUUACUUGACAGGCUAUUCCGUAUUCGCUUUACUCCAAAUUCCCAUCGCCCUCUCCGUGAAUCUAGAAAUGUUUUUAGUUUUCCGAUUUUUUUCUGGCUGCUUUGGUUCCGUCGGUAUGUCUAAUGGAGCAGGAAGUCUUGCAGACCUUUUUGAAAAAAAAGACCGAGGUAAAUAUAUGAUUGUUUACUUUACACUCCUUUCGCUAGGACCAGGUGUCGCACCAAUUAUUUCCGGAUUUAUUACUCAAAGCACUAUCGGUUGGCGUUGGGAAUUUUGGAUCUUACUUAUCCUUUCAGGUGUUUUAUUGUUAUUUUCUUUCCUUCUGUUAAAAGAAACUUACCCUCCAAUACUUAAUCGAAUGAAGUUGGAACGCACCGGCGAACUCGGCGAACUCGGCGAAAAUGAGGUGGUCGCGAAACGCCUUAGCGGUACUGAACUAUUAAAAAAAUGGCUUGUACUACUAAGUAUGAAAAAACCGCUUCAUAUGCUUGUAACACAACCAAUUCUGAUUUGUAUAGCUUUCACUGUCGGCACCAUUUAUGGAAUUUUGAGUUUGGUACUCAUUGCCUUUUCUCAAGCAUGGGAAGUAUUAUACAAUUUCAACGUUGGUAUCAGUGGACUAAUGUAUGUUUCUAUAACCCUGGGUCUUUUAUGUGCUGUGUUCUUAGCAUUACCGUUGAACCAAAAGUUUUACAUCAAAUUACUACAGCGGAAUGGAGGUGAAAGUGAACCUGAAUUUAGGCUUCCUAUGGGAAUUAUAGGUUGUCUUCUUUUUGUAACCGGUAUCUUGAUCUUUGGUUGGACUGCAAACUAUAGAGUGUUCUGGUUUGUACCUUUGAUAGGCUCAACCCUUCUUGGUGCUGGGUACAUUAUGACUAAUAACCCUUUGAACAUGUAUGUUGUGGAUACUUAUGGUAUUUAUUCUGCUAGCGCAUCAGCAGCGGUGAGAGUCCUACAACUUACGUUUGGUGCUAUAUUUCCUUUAUUUGCUGAGUCUUUAUAUCAGCGACUUGGAUAUGGUUGGGGUUGUACGCUACUUGCGUUCAUAUUAUUAUUUUGUAGUAUAAGUCUUCCACUAUUAUAUUUCUUCGGACCUAGAAUUCGCAGCUUGGAUGUUUUCGACCCGGCCAGAUACUAGCCUUGGAAAAGUAUGCCUUCUUUUAUUUUUUAUAAUUUAUUCUAAAAAAAAAUAAAUAUGUGAAACAAUAAUACCAUUGGCGUCGAUCUAGUAUCCUGAUCUGAUAAUCAGAUUAAUUCUAGUUUGUGUUCUAUCCUAUUGCGAAAUGUCUUUAUGUUAUAUAAAAAUUACAAAGAAGUUUUCAUAAAGCCAGAGACUAAGAAUGAAUUUCAAUACAACAAAGGAAAGUAUUAAUGGACGGAUUAUGUCGUUUCUUAAUUUUUUGCUUUUGAGAUGAGUCAUUUUAGUUGCGAUUAUUC